AUUUUCACUUCACGCUGAAACUUGCAAUUUUCAUAGGAAACUCAACCAAAAUGUCCUAAUCAGUAGCUGCGAACAAUACUUACAAUUUACCGUUAUCCGCAUUCCACACUGUUUCAAUCGUGUUUAGUUUUGAUCAGUUGUUUGUGACCAGUCGCUAAUAUUGCAUCAAAUUUACGCGUAAUUUUGGUGAAAUAAUACGUAUUUUUAUAAGCAGUGUUAAUUUUUCUAAAGAAAAAUAUUGCCCUUUUACUGGUAAGUACAAAUAUAUAUUUUAAUAAGAGUUUUGUGAAAAAUAUUCAGCGAAAAUUAAUUUUGGGAUGCAUGUGUCCCAGCAGGGCUUUAUAUGGGGACAUAUGUAUAUGUCCCAGCAGUACGUUGUACAUAAUGUAUCACACAGCUAAUUAUUUUAUUUUUGCAACUUCGUAGACAGCAAAAAUGUCGAAAUUAAAUCGCGAUCAAAUUAGUGCAUUACUUUAAGAAGAUGAUGAUGAAUCCAUGGAAUCAGGAACUGAUUUUAGUGACGAAAGUGAUGAUAUUUAUAGUCCUGAGUUAGAUAAAACCACUGGCAAGGACGAUUCUUCCAGCCAUUCAGAGGAGACCGGAUUGAGUGACGAGAAUGGUGGCAUAGACGAUCAACCUGCACGAGGUGAGGAAGCCUCAGGCACGGUUAUUUGGAGCACACCGAAUGAGUCGUUUGUUUCAAGAAAAUCGGUUAGUAACCACCGCGAAUGCAAAAUCGCAGUAAAUAUUGGGCGCCACUCAACCCCCACGAAAUUUUUCGCAAAUUGUUUCCAAGAAGCAUAUCUUUGUACAUUGCCCAAGCAAUAUGCCACUCAAGCCAGUGAAACGGGGCAUCAAAAUGUGGCUUCGCUGCUAUUCUUUGACUGGAGACACCUAUGACAUGAGUAUCUAUUGUGGAAAAGAAGAAUCUGUCCUUGAAAGGACACUCGGCGAACGAGUUGUGAAUGAUCUUGCAGCAACGAUUUCUAACCCUGACGUGACACUUUGCUUUGAUCGUUUUUUCACCACUGUUAAUCUUAUUAACAACAUACAAUAUCCAGCUUUAGGAACAUUCAUGUCCAACCGGAAGAAUGUUCCGAAAAUACCAGAAAAAUUGCAGCGAAGCGAAGCUAUUUUCAAAGUUAAUUCGGCGGGUAAAGUGGCAGGACGUCAAAGAGGUAAUGCUGCUCAGUAACUACCACACUCUGAAAUGACCACUGUUAGACGCAAAAUGAAAGAUGGAACUGAGGCAGAGUUUCCAUGCCCUGACAUCGUAAAGACGUACCGCGCAACAAUGGGCGGUGUGGACUUGGCAGAUCAAAUGUCGGGAUUGUAUGAUAUGAACAGAAAAUCAAAUAUAUAGUGGAAAAAAGUAUUUUAUCGUGGCAUGAUGAUGGCUGCUGUAAACACUUGGGUUAUAUAUUCGGAGCUGAAUAGGAAGAAACCUGCCUUAUUACCAGUGCUGGUCGAGAUUGCUGAGUCGCUAAUUGAAAAAUAUAUAAAUGAUCCCGUCGGUCUGGAAGAUCAUCGAAUAGGUACAAAUCAAUGACAAAUGUGGGGGAUCAUUUACUCAUAGAGCAGUCUAAAAGACGUCGGUGCGUAGCAUGCGCCAAUCGAAAAGUCGAGAAAAGAACAAAAAUUAUUUGCCGGGCUUGUAAUUUGCCAUUCUGUAUACAAUGUUUCGCUUCAUCACAUUCAUAAAAUAAAUAAAAGUACAAAUCAUAUGUUAUUACCAAAAAAAUGUUUCUACUUUCUAGGUGUAGUUUGUACCCUGUUGGGACAAAUAUAUCCCAUUUUUAAAUACUGUUGGGACACAUAUGUCCCACCUCAAAAUACCGUUAUCUACAUAAGUUACAAGCUUCAUCUAGUUUCUAUGCCCAUAAAGUACCAAUGGGUGCCCAAAAAUUCAAAAAUAUAGUUUGAGCAAAUC